CGGGCCACCAGGGUGGAGAGCUUUGCCAAUGGGCUCUGCUUCAGCCAGGAGCCACUGGCGCCUGGGCAGAUCUUCCUGGUGGAGAUCGAGGAGAAGGAGCUGGGCUGGUGUGGACACCUGCGCGUGGGGCUGACGGCCCUCGACCCCCAGAGCCUGGAGGUGGUGCCCGAGUACUCGCUGCCAGACCUGGUCAACAUGGGGGACACCUGGGUGUUCGCCAUCACCCGGAGCCACAACCGCGUCGUGGCAGAUGUCGAGCAGGUGAGGAUCCCCCGUGACACACUGGUGGGGCGCAGCAGACCUGGGCGCUACAGCCACAUCCUGGAUGACCUGUACAAGAUGAACGUGCUGCCCGCAACCGCCCGGCGCAGCCGGAUCGGCGUGCUGUACUCCCCACAGCCUGACGGCACUGCUGACAUGCACAUCAUCAUCAACGGAGAGGACAUGGGGCCGAGCGCCAGGCACCUGCCUGCCGCCCGCCCGCUCUACGCCGUGGUCGAUGUCUUUGCCUCCACCAAGAGCGUCCGGGUUAUCCCCGUGGAAUACGGCUUUCCCUCCCUGCAGACCCUCUGCCGGCUGGUCAUCCAGAAGCACGUUGUCCACCGCUUGGCCAUCGACGGCCUGGACCUGCCCCCACCGCUGAAGAGCUUCUGCAAACACGAGUGA